UAUCUCCUACCAAAUCUGACUCGAUGUCUCUCGCUCAUCCUGGCGGUGCGUUGCUAUUCCAAAAGCAACGUCUUAAUGAAGAAGAACAUGCGUUACUUCAAAAUCCGCCUUAUCAACUUACGCUUAGCCUUAAUGAACUUCUUUCUCCAGCUAGAAAGAAUCGUAAAAAUAAAUCUAAACCAGAAAACAAAAUCCCUAGACCCCAAAAUGCUUGGGUUCUCUUUAGAAAAGAUUACGAAGCUAAUCAACGUAUGCGUUUUCCCGACAAGGCAUUAAAAAUGAAGAAUGUCUCUACCGAUGCAGGUGACGUUUGGAGAAAUCAACCGUCCAAGGUCAAACGAUUCUUUGAAAUUCUUUCUAGACUUGCUCACGAACAACAUAAAGCGUUAUAUCCUGGUUACAAGUAUACACCUAAGAAAAAGGUUCCAAAGGAAACCAACAAAGAUUGGAUCUUCCAUGAUAGCGUUAAACAAGCGAGUGAUGCCCAAGCCUUGGGAGAUAUCCCUGUUGCCAAUUACACUGUCACAUCUGAUGUAGCAGUGCGACAGAUUGAACCUCCUAUUAAGACAUCACCUCAUUACGAUUCUUCACCGUUAUCAUCACCAUUAUCAUCCACGACUUCCUCAAUUUCACCGGGUUGUUCAUCUCCAGUAUUCAUUAAUUCGCCUACUUCCCCUGUUGAUAGUUUUGUUAGUCCUUCACCUUGCGACAUGGGAUUUUUAUUUUCUUCCACAUCCCAACCUUUUCCGCAUGUUGAUUACACCAAUGAUCUUACCGUUGGUAGCACACCGGACGGUGAUGAUCUUUUUAUUCUUGGAGGGUACGAUUUUAGAAACGCAGAUUAUGAAACCUUUCAGCAUCUUAUUCAACUCGCACAAUCUGUUCUCGAUAGUUCACCAGCUGUUUACAAAAAAGAAAUUGAAUCUAACAAAUUUAACACUGAAUAUAACACUAACGCUAUUGAAGGUCUUGCCGACAAUUCGGCCCAACGUGUCAAAUCCGACACAGACAUUUGCAUUAACCCAAAUGCGAAUAUGACAAUGCUUAACAGCUCCGUUUCUACCGAAGUAAAUCGUAACUUUGAAAACUAUUGGCAAUCUACUAGUACUUCGAUAGACACGAAUUUUUCCGACUCGUUUCAUGGGAACAUUACUACAGCGUCCUCGAUUCAACAGGUUUCCCAAAUUUCUAUUUCGACUUCACAGCUCCCGGCAAGUAUUCCUGAUUAUUUGAUUGAUGAAUACGACACUGCCUUUUUUGCCGGAAACUUUUCGG